UUUUGCCUUUUGCCUUUACCUUCUUAUCUCUUACAUACAUAAAUACCUACAUACCUACAUACCUACAUACAUACUUUUGUUUUCUUUUGACUGUCUUACCGUACUGAAUACACCGUCGAUAUCAAACACUUGACCGUAGUCUCAUUUUUAUAUUUCAUUUACUCUUUAUUGCUGCUGCUGUUCAAGGCAAAGAAAGAAACACAAGCCAUACUACCUAUUUAUCUAUCUAUUCUCUGAACAAACCACACCUCACAGCCAUAAUAUAACAACAAAUGCUUACAGCUGCCCUGUCUACCGUUACAGCCUCGCGUCUUAUUCCAUCUACAGACUCGAAUGCCAAUUCUCAUCACACUGAAUCCAGUACUCGCAGCACCAACGGCAGCAACAGUAACAGCGACAAUGGCUCAAAAGAUGUCUCUCCGCCAAGCAUUCGUCUUGUACCACACCUAAACUCUCCAAGAUCCCUUGUGUUUGGUGUGAUUGAGAGAGACGUAGCAAACGGGACGGUUUUGAAGAUUGGUCGUUUUACAGACAAGUACAUUUCACAAACCCGAAUUACUUUCAAAAGCAAGGUAGUCAGUCGAGGUCAUGCUGAGAUAUGGUCAGACAAUAAUAAGUUUUACAUUCGCGACACAAAGUCUUCGUCUGGCACAUUCUUGAACCAAGCUCGACUCAGUCCACCUAACCAAGAAUCACGGGCCUUCCAGUUGAGUGACGGUGAUGUAGUUCAGCUUGGUGUUGACUACCAGGGUGGUGCAGAAGAGAUCUAUCGCUGCGUCAAAAUGCGAGUAGAAUUGAACCGUAACAAGCAACAGAAGAGAAACGCCUACAGUCUCAAUACAUUUCAAACUCUGCGCAAUCUUACAACGCCACCCAACAACGUGAGCGUGCUUGAUGCCGCCAUGGGAUUCGGAGAUGGUGACGCUUCAAAUACACACAUUGACGAGUGCUGCAUCUGCCUCUAUGCAAUCGCGCCCCUCCAGGCUCUAUUUGUCGCUCCUUGUUCUCACACCUUCCACUACAAAUGUGUCCGCCCAUUGCUGUCCAACCACCCGGGUUUCCAAUGCCCAUUGUGUAGAAGUUAUGCUGAUCUUGAUGAUAGUGUUGCCAUAGAAGCCAGUGAGGUCUUGGAAAUGCUUAAAAAGGACAGACCAGUAAAACCAGAUGUAAUAGAGCAAGAGGUGCCUUUGACAGAAAUAGGAGAUAUUGGGAAUUUUGGAAGCUCUUUAAGGUUGACUACAACCCUCACAGACAAUACCCACCCAGUAACAUCUCUGAACUCCAAUUCCCAUGAAUUGACGAGUGUUCAUGAAGAAUCGAAUGGUCUUGAAGAUCAUGUGCUGUGA